UUAUCUGUUAUUAUUCGUUAUUAUUCCUCGUCUUUCCCUCGGUUUUGGCGACCAGUUUAUGCCCCUGUAUAUCGAUAUGCAUGGCGGCGAUACUUCUGUACUGGGGUGUUGCUUAUAUCGGCCACCGAUAAGGUGGUUUUCCCAGAAUCUUCGCGGAAAGAGGGCCGCCAAUAGGAGCUGCCACUGAAACCUUCGUGAAUCGAAAUAUUUAUCGGUCCUACCAAGACGGUGACGAUCGUGAUAUCUAGGCCUCCCCCCCCGUUCCGAGAUUGGACGCCUGCGCUCGGGCACCAAACACCUGGUCGAGCCGGGUUUUUUUUUCUUGCCUGCUCACCGCAACCAGGGAUCACAAUCGAUUGGCGCACCCGUCGGUCAAGCUUCCCCUGAAAUCCUACCGCUGCGAGAAUCGAACGACGCUAAGGCGCGACGGCGGAUCACGAAAUUAUCUGAACCAUGGCUGCCCUGCGACCGACCCGCGGCAUCGCGGAACGCCUGUUCAUGCGCGCACGGCUCUCUUCGCCGACCCCUGCCGGGCCGCAACUGCUCAGUCGCCGAAGCGGAUGUGUGCGAUUCUACUCGAGCGACGAGCCGCCCCCGCCCCCGCUGCUGCUGAGGCUUAAGGCUGACCUGAAGACGGCGCUGCGCGGCAAAGACGCUCCCCGCCUGGUCGCCAUCCGGGGCAUCCUCGCCGCCGUCCUCAACGCCUCUAAGACCUCGAGCCCCAUCACCUCGGACUCCCGCCUCAUUGAGCUCAUACGCGGGACCCAGCGCGCCUCACGCCAGGCCAUCGCCGAAUUCGCCGCCGCUGAUCGCCAGGACCUCGUCGACCACGAACAGGCCCAGGUCACCGUGCUCGACGACUUCCUCCACGCGGCCGGCGUCCGCAUCGUCGAGGACGAGGGCGAGAUCCGCGCUGCCGUCGACAAGGUCAUCAACGCCAUCGGCGACAAGCCCAGCAUGAACGAGAUCAUGAAGCGGGUGCUUGGGGCUGGUGGUCCUUUCGAGGACGGAAGGGUCGAUAAGCAACUGGUCGCCAAGGUCGUGAAGGAGUUAGUCGCUGAUCGAUAGGCCAGUUGGCUGGUUGAUAAGUGCAUAUGUAUAUAUAUUCGCCCGUGUAUCCCGACACCAUACAUGACAAUACCUGGGGUGGCUAUGGCAGCAUCGCACCGGCGUAUAAAAGUUCGGAUCAGCAUCUUCACUCUACAGGGUCUGAAAAUACGGUAUUCUGUGUCUCGGACUUCAUGGCCUUAGCCGAUGCGCUCUAUGGUACCGUAGUUGCGCAUCGUUCGCAUGUGAUCGAUAACCUGAUUUGAGCUCGGGGCGAGCGUCGCGAGCCGAAAACGCGUUGUGUCGUGGGCCGAGACCUUGAGUAUGUCUCUUUAGAGCCCUCGCUUAUCGAGAGCCAGCAAUACGGGC